AUGACCCCUCAGCAACGGAUGCUGUCUGUCUGUUUUUUACUGGUCUCAGUUUUUGGGACCGGUGGAUCAGUGACAACAAAAGAAACUCAGAAAUUUACUUGCAGGACGUAUGGCAGUGGAGUCGUCCAGCCCUUCAAAGGCCUGGGUUACUACGUGAGGUCCAAUUGCCCGUUCACUCUCACCCGCUUCACCCACAAUCGUGUGGAAUACGACAUAACCAUACGGCGAGGAGACAGUGGGCUGCUGGUUCAAGUCGAGAUCACAAUGAACAAAGUCCGGACUGUUCUGCAGAAUGGAAGCAUCCUGGUGGAGAAGAAAAGUGUCUCCCUUCCAUACGAUCACACCUACCAGCAUAUUUUUCAGUACGGCAUCUACACUAGACUGAGGAGCUCAUUGCUUCCACUUUCUGUCACCUGGCAUAGUGUACCUGGAGGAAUAGACAGUUUGUGGGUGGAGCUGCAGCAAGAGCUGAGCACUGACAUGACUGGACUGUGUGGAAAACACAACGUAACAAGCAACAAGCAGCAGCUGAUAACAGAGAGCAAGCUUACCCAGGAAACGUGUCAAACGCGAGAUCCUGUCUUUGUCACUAACCAAGUAUGCAGAGAGUUCUUUUCUUACACUAUGGAGUGUCUGCAAGUUAAAACACCAUUUUAUAUCCAACUCUGUGAAGAGAACAUUUACAGCUUUGAAAACAGCAAAUACGUUCGCUGUGCUUUCUUCAAAGAGAUUGCCCUGCACUGUGGAAACAAAAGCUAUGUGUGGCAGAAAUGGAGAGCUAUAACCAAAUGUGCUGAGCCGACGUGUCCUGGAGACCUGGUUUAUAAAGAAGAGGGUAAUGCAUUUAUUCCCAGCUGCUCCAACCCUAACCCCAGCUUUUCCAGCCAGGCUAUCACCAGCACUUGUGUCUGUCCAAAGGGUAAGGUGCUUGAUGAUCACGCAGAAGACUUCCGCUGCGUGAGUGUGCCUAGCUGCCCCUGUGUCUUCUCUGGUAGGACUUACUUAACUGGAGACAGACGUAACACUAAGUGUCAGGCAUGUAUAUGUGAUGGUGGAGGAUGGAAUUGCUCAGAGAAUUCCUGCCUAGGCAGAUGUGACAUUGAAGGGCAAUUUGUAACAACAUUCGAUGGCAAAAAAUAUGUUGUUCCUGGUAAAUGCACAUAUGUGGCCUCACAGGGCUUAAACUGGACAAUAAAUGUUGGAUUUUCUGGGAAGCAUGCAUCUAUACAAACAGUCGUUCUCCAGAUUUUCCAGGAAAUGUACACAUUCACACGCAGCAUGGUUAAAUUUGAAGACCAAGAAAUUACUGAACUUCAUCAGUCUGAUCAUGCCCUGGUUUUCUGGCAGUCCUCUAUGUAUGUUGAAGUCCAUACAUCCUUUGGUAUGAAGAUCCAAGUCCAGGUGUCUCCUGAAAUCCAACUUUACAUUACACCACCAGGAAAACACACAGGCACGAUUUCAGGUCUCUGUGGCAACAACAACAAGGACACCACAGAUGACUUCACCAGCAGCAGCGGGAUCAUCGAGAACUCACCUGAACCUUUUGCGCUGUCCUGGAGCGUGGGCCGUUGUACACCGAACAUACCGCCAACCUGCAUUAAUACCGACAACGAAAUAUUUGCUGAUGAAAAGUGUUCGGUCUUGAACAACCCAGCUGGGAUAUUUGCAAAGUGCCAUGGCUACAUCCCAACUGAUCAGUUCCAUACGGCUUGCAUCCUAAGAACUUGUAACUGUGGUACCAAUUUGGUCCAGUGCUUGUGUGUUGCUCUGGGCAACUAUGCCAAAGCAUGUGCCAGUCUUGGAGUUGAACUUGGUGACUGGAGGAAGGCUACCAACUGCUCACUGACAUGUGAAAAGAACCAAGAGUUCUCCUACAAUGUGCGAGCUUGCAACCAUACAUGCCGCUCCCUGUCUGCUCCUGAUCCUCGCUGUGGGCAGGAAGACGCUCCCGUGGAGGGCUGUGGCUGCCCAGAAGGAACCCACCUGAACCAAGGACAAAUCUGUACACCAAAGACUGAAUGUGUAUGCCAUCAUCACGGCGGUAUAACGCCACCAGGGCCUGUUGUUAUCGAUGGACGACAGUGCAACUGUAAGAAUGGAGAACUGCAGUGCUCCAAGGACUGUGGCUGCAGGAAUGGAAAGGUGUGCGUGCACUGCUCAGAAUACCCAGUUAACACAGCUCAGAAAACUUGCGACAGUCUCAGCAAACCACUGGUUGCCAGUGUGACUUGUGAGAGUGGCUGUUAUUGUCCUCAUGAUCAAUAUGAAGAUCACCAUGGAAACUGUGUAUCAAGGGACAACUGCACCUGUGUCUACAGUGGUAAAGUCUUCAGGGCAGGAGAGACUGUUAAAACCAACUGUAAAAAAUGUGUCUGUGGUCAGGGUCAGUGGGACUGCACAGAUGAGCCGUGUCCCGGGACAUGUCAAGUCUAUGGAAAUGGACAUUAUCAGACCUUUGACGCUAAAUGGUAUCGCUUUGGUGGUCACUGCCAGUAUACACUUGUAGAGGAUUACUGCAGAAGUCAAAACGGUACCUUUUCUCUCCGAGUGGAGAGUGUGCCCUGCUGUGAUGAGGCACUCACCUGUUCACGCUCCAUCAUACUGGACUUACAGAGCAAAGUCACCCUUAUCCUGAAUGACAUGAGAGUGACCAAGCAAAUCCAAAAAGGCUGGACUUUGCAGCAAGAUCCACUUUACACAAUACACACAGUGGGACUCUAUAUCAUAAUCUCAGUACCCAGCAAAGGUCUAACUCUAAUAUGGGACAAACACACCCGGAUCACCGUAGAACUUCAUCCAGACUGGAGGAACAGAGUGUGUGGCCUCUGUGGGAAUUUUGACUCCAAUGAGCUGAAUGACUUGCAGAUAAGUGGCUCAGCAGUGGUUUCUAGUCCAAUGGCCUUUGGCAACAGCUGGAAGGCAGCAACUCCCCCUUGUACUGAUGUGACCACUGAGAUAUUUCCAUGUGAACGCAAUUCCUACUGCUCGGCCUGGGCCCAGAGGCGCUGUAUGAUCCUUAAAGGAGGCACCUUCAAAGACUGUCACUUGAAAGUGGAUCCAGAGCCCUACUACCAUGCCUGUGUGCAGGAAUCCUGCUCUUGUGAGUUUGAAGGGAAAUUCCUGGGUUUCUGCACAGCUGUGGCAGCUUAUGCAGAGGCCUGCAGUGACCAGGACGUCUGCAUAGAUUGGAGGACACCUGAUAUGUGCCCCGUCUACUGUGACUACUACAAUGAAAAGGGCCAGUGUAGCUGGCAUUAUGAAGCCUGUGGUAGGAUUCUGACCUGUGGCAAAGACUUCACUCAGAAGCUGGAAGGCUGCUACCCCAGAUGUCCAAAGGAAAAGCCAUACUAUGAUGAGAAUACUGGUGAUUGUACCACAUUGAGGAACUGCUCUUGUUAUUUUAAUGACACGACUGUACGACCUGGACAAGUGGUGAAAAUAAACUCUUUUGAAUGCUCCUGUGAAAAUGGAACAAUUAAAUGCCCACCAGUCUGUAGAUGUGUAGACCUGAAGAGUAAAAAAAGCUGGAUUUGUGGGGAGACAUGGUCAGAGGACUGCUUUGAUAAGCACUGUGUUGGUGGAAAGAUAGAGUUGACCCCAGUGGUUUGCCCAAAGUCUACAGCUCUGCCCUGUCCCAGAGAACGGGCCGUAAAGGUCUCGGAUGGAUGCUGUGAAACAUGGAAAUGUGACUGUCACUGUGAGCUGUUUGGGGAUCCCCACUAUGUUUCUUUCCAAGGAAUACCCUUUGAUUUCUUGGAUCAGUGCUCCUACGUCUUGGUGGAGGAGCAGUCACCACGUCAUAAUCUGACCAUUGCUGUGGACAACUUUUAUUGCGUGCCGGGCCUGCAAGGCUCCUGUGCCAAAGGACUCAUUCUGAAAUAUCAAAACAAUGUAGCUGCGCUCAACAUCAACACACAAUUGUUUGUAGUACAGGCUACACUGAACAAUGUGACAGUCCAACCACCAUAUGAGGAGAAUGGUUUCAGAUUUGAGACCACGGGGUACAUGGUGUCAAUUCAUCUCCCAGAGAUUCGUUCUUAUGUCUCCCUCACUCCAUCCUAUACCCUGGUUGUGAACCUGGCCAUGGAGCAUUUCGUCAAUAACACCCAGGGACAAUGCGGUGUGUGUGGUGGAGCAUCGUGUAUUCGUAAAGGAGGGCAGAUUGAGGAUGACAGCUGCUGUGAUAAGACGGCCUAUGACUGGGUGUAUCCAGAUCCUCUGAAGCCUGCCUGUAAUUCUGCACCAAGGGAUGUACCCUGUCUUCCUGGGCCAACCUCAGUACCUCCUCCCCCACCUCCGCCUCCCUGCCCUCCAAACCCAUUAUGUGAACUUCUACUCCACCCUGUCUUUGAAAACUGCAGCAACUACGUGGAUCUAAACCUUAAAAAGAAGAACUGUGAGUUUGAUUCAUGCAGGAACCUAAAUGGUUCUUGCUCAUCUCUGGAGCAAGCUGCAGGAGAAUGUAAAAGCUUUGGUUUCUGUAUUGACUGGAGAGGACUGACUAAUGGAACCUGUGAUGUGCCAUGUCCAGAAGGAUUGGUUUACAGAGAAUGCAGCACAAAGUUGGAUGACUUCUGCUAUGGAGGCGUGCGCUAUCCAGGAGCUUUGCUUGAAAAAAAAAGCACAGGUUGUUUCUGUCCCAGCAACCUGACCAGAGCAGGAAAUCACUCAAACAUCUGUUUGCCUGUUUGUUCCUAUUGCAAAGGACCAAGUGGAGAACCUAAACUUCCUGGUGAAGUCUGGCAGUCCAACUGCAAACUGUGUAGAUGUAACAACCAGACUAUGACUGAAGAGUGCUUUCCACCACCUCCUAAGCCAGCUCCCCUCUGUGGCCCCAAUGCAGUUUUGAUAAACACUUCCUGCUGUGGUGAUGCGAUUUGUGUUGACAAGACCUGCAGUUAUAAUGAGAAGCUAUACAAGGUGGGAGAUCAGUGGACAGAUCCUGCCCAUCCCUGCAGGUCACUGAAGUGCAGUAAAGACGGCAUUCAGACUGAGACCAAAGUCUGCUCCAAUGAAAGCUGCUCUGAGGAGGACAGAAUCUGGGAUGACCAACACUGCUGCUUUACAUGUAACCAGGGCUGUGCUGCUAGGAUGUCCACCCUCAACAUCACCGUAGAUAACUGCACCACUGUCAUGCAGAUGCCUGUGUGUCAGGGGAAAUGUGAAUCUCAGCCAAGGGUGGAGUUACAUGGUGACCUGUUGGAGCAGCGCAACACAUGCUGUCUGGACUGGAUAUCAGAGAGGAGGCCCGUGACUCUGCUUUGCUCUGACCUCAGUACGAGACAAUACUACUACAAGCACAUCACCAGCUGUGCUUGUAGAUCUUCCGGCUCAAGCUGAAAAAUAAA